AUGUUGAUUUUUUUAGAAGACAAAUCUGGUGAAGAGAAACCAGCACCACCAAAGGCGCUCGUGAAGGCAAUGAAGAUGAAGGCGCUGAAACGUCAACUGGUAAACGCUUACAAGAAGAGGCAACUAGAAGAAGAAAGCCCUGGCUCCGACUCCGGAAGUUCUGGUUCUUCAGUCAGCUCAAGCUCUAGCUCUGGCUCCUACUCCGCAAGCUCCGAAUCUGAAUCCGAAUCUGAAGAUUCUCAGAGAUUUCUGAUCCUCAGUUACGAUUUGCAUUUCUUAGAAGACAAAUCUGGUGAAGAGAAACCAGCACCACCAAAGGCGCUCGUGAAGGCAAUGAAGAUGAAGGCGAUGAAACGUCAACUGGUAAACGCUUACAAGAAGAGGCAACUUGAACUCUCCGACUCAGUCAGCUCUGAUUCUUCAGAAUCAGUCAGCUCUAGCUCUUACUCCAGCUCUGGAAGCUCCGGCUCUUCAGUAUCAGUCAGCUCUAGCUCUAGCUCUUACUCCAGCUCUGGAAGCUCCGACUCUUCAGUAUCAAUCAGCUCUAGCUCCAGCUCUGGCUCCGACUCCGUAAGCUCUGAUUCUUCAGACGAGUCUGCUGAACACAAGGAGCCAAAGCACGGACACAUGCAGCCCAAGAGACCCAGAAAGGAAGCUCUCCGAGCCAAGGCUCUGUUGAAUGUCCUCAAGAAGCGACAGAUGGGAGCUUAA